ACGUUAGAUAUGGAGAGACUGUAUGGUCGGGUUUUUGUUUUAUAAACUUGCUAGUGUAUGAUAUUGUGUUUUUUGGCAUUGUUCUCCCGUACAUCAUACGUCACAGAUUGGACCAAUCAGACGGCUUGCUUUUCUGUGACCGAUAUUCUAUUAUCCAAUCAACGGCUUUGUUUUGGCUAACUGCUAGCUGACACAGGCUAGGUGGCUGUAUUGAAACCGAACCUCUAAACUUCCUUCAGCAGUAAGCUAGCAGAAAGCGCUGUCACUCCAGAGAGCUCUGUCGUAAUGCCUCAAACCAACAAGUCAGCGAGCGGGUGCAGUGUGCCUGGCCAGGUAUCUGCUCCAGACCAGGGUGAGCCGCCACCGCCGCAGCAGGAUGUCAGGUCCCAGGUGGCUGCUGGAGAUGGAGGUGGAGGAGCAGUAGACCAGGGAGACCAAGAGAUCAUCAAAUCGCCCAGUGACCCGAAGAAAUACAGAUACAUCGAUCUGAGUAACGGCCUCCGAGCACUCCUCAUCUCCGACUUCAGCGGGUCAGACGGUAAAGGAGGAGAGGACAAGGGGGAGGCAGAGGGCGGGCAGGAGGAGGAGGAUGGUGAGGAGGAAGGCGAGGAGGAAGGAGACUCUGGCGAGGGUUCAGAGGAGGACGAGGAGGAAGACGAAGAGGAGGAGCAGGAUAGUGACUUCGAUGAGCUGGACGAGGAGAACGGAGGGAAGAAGAAGAAGGGGAGCUCUGAGAAGCAGGCUGCCGCUGCUCUGUGCAUCAGUGUGGGGAGCUUCAGUGACCCGGAAGACCUGCCCGGCCUCGCCCACUUCCUGGAGCACAUGGUGUUCAUGGGCAGUGAGAAAUACCCGGCAGAGAACGGCUUCGACGCCUUCCUGAAGAAACAUGGAGGAAGCGACAACGCCUCAACUGACUGUGAGAGGACCAUCUUCCAGUUUGACGUGCAGAGGAAGUAUUUCAGGGAGGCCCUCGACAGGUGGGCUCAGUUCUUCAUCUGUCCUCUGAUGAUAGAGGAUGCCAUCGACAGGGAGGUGGAGGCUGUAGACAGCGAGUACCAGUUAGCGAGGCCAUCUGACUCACAUCGGAAGGAGAUGCUGUUUGGGAGUUUAGCUAAACCAGGACACCCUAUGAGCAAAUUCUGCUGGGGUAACGCUCAGACAUUAAAACACGAGCCCAGAGAGAAACAGAUCAACACCUACCAGCGACUCAGAGACUUCUGGAGGAGAUAUUACUCUGCUCAUUACAUGACAUUAACCGUCCAGUCCAAAGAGACUCUUGACACUCUGGAGCAGUGGGUGAGAGAGAUCUUCAUCAAAGUUCCCAACAACGGUGAACCUCGGGCUGACUUCUCUGACCUCCAGCAGCCGUUUGACACACCGGGCUUCAACAAGCUCUACCGAGUGGUCCCUGUGAGGAAGGUUCACGCUCUGACCAUCAGCUGGGCCGUACCUCCACAGGGGAAACACUACAGGGUGAAGCCUCUUCACUACAUCUCAUGGCUGAUUGGACACGAAGGAACUGGCAGCAUCCUGUCUCUGCUCAGGAAGAAAUGCUGGGCGCUGGCUUUGUUUGGAGGAAACAGUGAGACUGGUUUUGACCAGAACACCACCUACUCCAUCUUCUCCAUCUCCAUCACCCUUACCGACCAGGGCUACCAGAACUUCUACCAGGUGGUUCAUUUAGUGUUUCAGUACCUGAAGAUGCUCCAGACUCUGGGUCCCCAGCAGAGGAUCUAUGAGGAAAUUCAGAAGAUAGAAGCCAACGAGUUUCACUAUCAGGAGCAGACGGAUCCCAUCGAGUUUGUGGAGAACAUCUGUGAGAACAUGCAGCUGUUCCCCAAAGAGGACUUCCUGACUGGAGACCAGCUCAUGUUUGAAUACGACCCCCAGGUGAUCAGUGCUGCUCUCUCCCUGCUGACUCCUGACAGAGCAAACCUGCUGCUGCUGUCACCGGAGAACGAAGGUUGCUGUGCACUGAGAGAAAAAUGGUUUGGUACCUGUUACAGCAAGGAGGACAUCUCUGAGGAGUGGGCUCAGCGCUGGAGCGGAAACUUCGAAGUCAACCCUGGGCUCCACCUCCCUGCUGAGAACAAAUUUAUCGCCACAGACUUUGACCUGAAAACGUCGGACUGCCCGGACACAGAAUUUCCUGUGAGGAUCGUAAACAAUGAGCGAGGCUGUUUGUGGUACAAAAAAGACAACAAGUUCAAGAUCCCAAAAGCUUAUAUCCGCUUCAACCUGAUCUCCCCGCUCAUUCAGAAGAGUCCAGAAAAUCUGGUACUGUUCGACAUCUUUGUGAACAUCUUGGCUCAUAACCUGGCGGAGCCAGCUUACGAGGCCGACGUUGCCCAGCUGGAGUACAAGCUAGUGGCCGGAGAGCACGGCCUGGUGAUCCGACUCAAAGGAUUCAACCACAAACUGCCGCUGCUGUUGAAGCUCAUCGUGGAUCAUCUUGCCGAGUUCAGCACGGAGCCGGGCGUCUUCACCAUGUUCUCGGAGCAGCUGAAGAAAACCUACUUCAACAUCCUCAUCAAACCCGAGAGACUCGGGAAGGAUGUCCGUCUGCUGAUCCUGGAGCACUGCCGCUGGUCCGUCAUUCAGAAGUAUCAAGCCGUCAUGAAGGGUCUGACUGUUGAUGACCUCCUGACCUUUGUGUCCGGGCUAAAGGCGGAGCUGUACACCGAGGGGCUGGUGCAGGGAAACUUCACCAGCGCGGAGUCAAAAGAGUUCCUGCAGUACUUCAUUGAUAAGCUGCAGUUCCAGCCUCUGUCAGCAGAGGUCCCCGUUCUGUUCCGGGUGGUGGAGCUGCCUCUGAACCAUCAUCUCUGUAAAGUCAAAUCACUCAACAAAGGAGACGCCAACUCUGAGGUCACCGUCUACUUCCAGUCAGGGCUGAAGAACCUGAGGGAGCACGCUCUGAUGGAGCUGAUGGUGAUGCACAUGGAGGAGCCAUGCUUCGACUUCCUGAGGACCAAAGAAACACUGGGGUACCAGGUGUACCCAACCUGCAGGAACACCUCAGGGGUGCUGGGAUUCUCUGUCACCGUUGAAACACAGGCCACAAAGUUCAGCACAGAAUUUGUGGAGACUAAGAUCGAGGAGUUCCUCGUCAGCUUCGGCGAGCGUUUGUCAAGUCUGAGUGAGGAGGCAUUUAAAACCCAGGUGAACGCUCUCAUCAAGCUGAAAGAGUGUGAGGACGCUCACCUGGGAGAAGAGGUCGACCGGAACUGGUUUGAGGUCGUCACACAGCAGUAUGUCUUCAAUCGGCUAAACAAGGAGAUUGAGGCUCUGAAGCUCUUCAGUCAGGAGGAGCUGGUCUCCUGGUUCCUGGAGCACAGAAACAGCAGCAGCAGGAAGCUCAGCGUGCAUGUGGUCGGUUUCGGGGUGGAGGAGAAUGACCCGCCGGAGCAGAGCAUCUCCUGCAGCCUGGAGGGCCCAGUCUCUCCCCCCUCUUCCUCUGCCUACGGUGAGGUGAGCGAGCUGACCUUCCUGCCGGCCUCCUCACCGGCACUCAAAGACGUCACGCUUAUAACUGACAUCAGAGCGUUCACCUCCUCCCUCCCCCUCCACCCCUACCACAAGAUCCUCAGCUAGGUCAGGACGGAACUUGAAGCCCGCCUCAAUGUCCCUCUGUGAGAAAAUACAGUGAGCGAUGAAA